GGAUCGAGUUCUAGACCAGCUCAAUGUGGGGCAGUAGCUGCAGACAGGCACAGGGCACGUAACAAUGAGGCAGUGUGAGCUCAGAGGCACCAGUUAGAGAAGGAGCCGGCGAAAGCCUCUUGUGCUGAGCAGCCCCUUGGCCGCUGCUGUUUCCCAUGGGAUGAGACUGAUCCCUCCCUACUCGCCUGGCUCGGAGGCCGCACCAUCGCAUCCUUUCAGGCAAAGUUAACGACAACGUCCAAUCUCAAGAUGAAGCUGGAACAAAUCGAUCGUCGGCAGGCGGAUGAUUAUUGGGUCCUGGUCCGACAGGAGGUAUGCGCCGCAUACCUUGGUGUACAGGUAGUCCCUGUUCCCUUUCUCGUAGACGCUGAACAGUACGAACUGAUGAAUGUGCUCUUGGAACGGUCAGAAAGCGUAGGAUGCAAAAUACUUCGACGCAAGAGUUUCAUACCCUUGGGGCCACUGAAAGAAAUAUUGUUUGAUAUUGAUCCAGAAAGCACAGAACUGAUGGAAAAUAAUAUUGAGCGCCAAAUGAAUAGUACGAGUGACUUUGAUCACGAGGAACUGGUCAUUGAUGAAGGAGCUUUAAAAUCCAUCAAGUUGAUUGUUAAACAUGUCAACAAGGAAGUCUCACUGUUUAUGAUCAAUCCUGAAACGCUGAAGGUCUCACACAAACUGCCUUGGAUUUAUCAUGUUAAGCAUAUUUACAUCAUCUAUGAGGUUUUCUACACCACUGAUAUUCAACUCCUGGUGUCAGACAAUCAGUUGAUCCAGCAGUUUAAGUCCAAAACCCGAACUCCAAUUGGGAGGAAUAAUUGGAACUGA